GUUAACUUGUUACUACUGUACUAUCUGAUCAUUCCCCAAACUUUGACAGAUUCUAUAUCAUCAUCCCCCCUCCCCAGCCAGCCUGCCUGGGAUUCUCUCCUUCAUGAAUCUACAUGAAGAUCCACCCGAUGAUUCUCACAUGAAUGCCUUUCUCACAGUCUUCAGUGUGGUUGUGGUUGUGGUUGUUAUUGUUAUUGUUGAAUCCCAUCCUCUUCUGCCCGGGCACCCGCGCUGUUUGAGGAUUUCCUCUUUCGUCAUCAUCCCCUCUUCCUCGAUGUGGCUCGAUGGCCCAUCAUCACCCAACUGGAAGAUCCCCAUGUAAUUGUUUUUUUUAUUUUUUUUUUAAAUAAAUCAUGAAGAUAGUAACUCCCUCCCCUCCUGCUCCUACUUCUCCUUUCCCUCCCCCCCCUGAUAAUCGUGUGGAGGGUGACAGUGCAGUGCCAUGCCGUGCAGUCAUGCUCUUUCUCUCUCUUACUGAUCCAGGGUCCAAACCCUGAUUCUG